AUGGCCGUCGAGGUCAUGGAGUUUGAGGGCAUUUUGCCAGCCGUGUAUCUGAGGACCGGGGAAAACCGUCCCUCCGGGUUCAUUAAUAUGGAUCCACAGGAGCCAGGAACACUGCUUGACCUCGCUAUGCAGACUGUGGUGAAAAAUGAGUCUAUAGCAUUAUGUGCUGUUGAGGAGUUACCACGAGAACUUUUAAUUCCAUUGUUCAAUGCUGCUUUCACUGGUGGGCAUAAGAAUAUAGUGAAGGCCCUAGUGCGUAUGUGGCCCUUCUCUUGUCUCCAUGUUGGAGCCUUGGACAACGCAGAGUCAUUUUGUGAGAUCUUAGAAGCCAUGCUUGAUGGUCUUCAAUUUUUUCCUGUCCACAACUCUUCUUCUUGGGUUCCCAAACUGAGGAUUCUAGAUUUAAGGCAGAAUGCAGACUGUAAGACCACAUGUUUCAGCUUUAUGAACAAAUUCCCUUUCUGUAAUCAUGCUUGUACUUACUCGCAGAACUCUAUUUUGAAGCUACAAGGAGCCAAUAAUGAUCAUUCAACUUCAGAGUCUCAACUAUCCAGACCACCCAUGGAAUUAUUAGUAGACAUUUAUUUUGAUGGUAGCAGGGGUGCAAGACGUUUUCUUUCUUAUCUUCGUUACAAAGUUGACCAGAGCUUGGGGUCUCUGCACCUCUGCUGUAGAGAUUUACAGAUUGAAAAGUCACAUGACUAUAGAAAUAUACAGAAGUUGUUGGAUAUGGUGUGCAUUGAUCACCUGGGAAUGGAUCAGGCGUACCUGAGUGAAGUCUGCAUAAUUUUUCCUCAUAUGGCCAAUUUGAGCAGCAUUAAUCUGUCUAAAAUAAUAUUUAGAUCUUACAAGAGGAAAAACUUCAAAAUGUUUCUCUCCCAUCUUAGCCAGUUAACUGACCUCCAGGAGCUCUCCUUAUCUUGGUUUCCCCUGAAAAACCAGCUGCAUAAACUACUCAGAGUUCUGUCACCGAAUUUGGCUUACUUGCAUCUGAAUUUUUGUGACCUGACUAACAAAGACUUUAUUUACUUGUCUGAGAGCCUUCAGGCUAAGAACUUAAAGCUAUUGAAUCUCAGUAAAAACCAGAUUUCUUGGGAAGAUUCUCUUCCAUUACGAAUUCUUCUGGAUAAUUUAUCUGGUACCCUGCAGCAGCUGGAGAUGAAUAGUUGCCUUAUUACAGAUUUAAUUCUUUCUGAUUUCAUCCCAUCCCUAAGACACUGUUCCCACCUCCGUGUCUUAAGUUUGGCCUGUAAUCCCAUUACCAUGCCUGUCCUCAGAAGUCUUUUGCAGAACCUAACACACUUGACAGAGCUGAAGCAUGUAACUUACCCAAUUCCUGUGCAUUGCUAUGAACAAUGGCAUUUUCGUGACAGUUUAGAUGAAGAGAGGCUGGCUGAAGUGAAAUUAGAAAUAAGGUCAAUGCUCUGGGCAGCACAACGUACUGACAUGAAGUGGAGCACUUCAUAUGAGUGA